AUGGCUUUUUAUGGUUCUACUUAUUCAAAUGAAAAAGUAUUGAAUGAUGGACGACAAUUACGUCCUGCUCGUCAUAUUGCUUGUCCACGAAGUUUGAAAUAUAUUCAUAAUAUUAGAGAUGGAUAUAUUCCUUAUGUUGAAGAUUCAGUUUAUAUUAGUCCAUCAGCAAAUGAGAAUGCAUUAAAAAGAACAAAUCGUUUUGGUUUAUAUAAUACAAUGCAUGAUUGGCGUCAAGAAUUGAUGGGAUUAGCUCGACAAGUUCAAUCAUCAUUAGUACUUAAUGAAUCACAUCAAUCUCGGUCAGCUCGUUCAAUUCAACAUCGUUCAAGAAGACCUACUAGUUCUAAGCCAAAUUCUCGUUUGAACGAAAAUUAUGAACAAAAUAUAUCUAAACGAUUAUUAAAUCGACGUUAUCAACUUUCACCUGUAACAAAAUCAAAAAUACCUAUUGAUAAUAAUGAACGAGAAUCAUCAAUUAAUAAUGAAAAUCAAGAUUCUGGUAUAUGGUUACUUCCAAUUCUUUGUCAUAUAUUACAUGUUGAUAAUAUUAAUGAAGCACAAGAUUGGCUUGUUAAUGCUAAUCUAACUGAAAAACGUUUAGCAAUGGAAUUAAUGAGUCGAACUAUGCAAGAUAUGCAAAAUCAUGAAAAUUCAUUUAUAUCUGAUAUGUCUAGUUAUGAUCAAUCUUUAACAUCAUCAAAUUUAAAUAAUCUUUAUUGGCCAUAUAAAUUUUGGCAACAUCAACAAUCAAAAUUAAUUAUUGAUAAUAAUGAUACAUGUGAACGAGCAACAUCACCAGUUCGAAUUCUUUCACCAAUUAAACGUUUAUCAACAUCAACUACAAAUGAUCGAACAUCAAUGGUUCGAUAUGAUCGAACUCCACAGAAAAAUUUAACAUCAAAUAUAAUAGAAACAUGGCGUCCUUCUUCACGAUAUUCUACACCAAUGUCACCAAAUAAUAAUGAUCGUCUAUCUCGUCGUAGUUCUCGUAUAACUACUAGCAGAAGUAUUUCUACAGAUAAUGAUAAUAAACUUAUGUCAACAAAUUUCCAUGGUAAAACUCCACGUAUUUGA